CACUGUCAAGCAGGGAUGAAAAUUGAUUUUUCCUAGAAGCAGAUUUUAAAAGCAGUGUUUCUUCAAAACAUCUUUUUUCAUAAGUAUCUUGAUACACCAUGGCUGGAACAGCAGUAAAAUGGGUGAUAUCAAAGAGAAGUAUCUUGAAACGUUUAUUUCCAAUCCAAAAUGGAGCUUUAUAUUGUGUUUGUCAUAAAUCUACAUAUUCUUCUCUACCAGAUGACUAUAAUUGCAAAGUGGAGCUUGCUUUGACAUCUGAUGGCAGGACAAUAGUAUGCUACCAUCCUUCUGUGGACAUUCCAUGUGAACACACAAAACCUAUUCCUCUACCAGAUCCUGUGUGUAAUAAUGAAGAAACACAUGAUCAAGUGCUGAAAACCAGAUUAACAGAAAAAAGUGAACGCCUUGAACAAGGACCCAUGAUAGAACAACUUAGCAAAAUGUUCUUUACUACUAAGCACCGUUGGUAUCCUCGUGGACAGUAUCACACUCGUCGUAAGAAACUGAAUCCUCCAAAGGACAGAUGAUACUGAGGUUUUCCA